GUUUCCGUGAGUACUUUCUUUCGACACUCUUUUAGUCUACUGCUAGCUCUUCAAAAUCUCAGAAGAGGAAGCUUCUGCUCCCUCCAUUUCCCAACUCCGUGGCACUACUUUGAAACUUAUGCAUUCAUUUCCUUCAGCUGAGGAAGGAAUUAGCGUUGCUCUUAGCCAUUCAAUUCAAAUUGUUUUAUUUGAAGAUGACUGAGGAACACGAGAAUGGCGCCGACGCAAGCGGGGAGGAGCAACCGAUAGGCCCGGGCCCAGCCCCACGGGCCCGGCCCAAGCGACCCCUUCAGUUCGAGCACGCCUACCUCGACGUCUUGCCCUCCGCCAACAUGUACGAGAAAAGUUAUAUGCACCGUGAUGUGGUUACGCACGUCGCCGUUUCGGCUGCGGAUUUUUUCAUCACUGGAAGUGCCGAUGGGCAUUUGAAGUUUUGGAAGAAAAAGCCUAUUGGUAUUGAGUUUGCCAAACACUUCAGAUCUCAUCUUGGUCCAAUUGAAGGUCUAGCUGUUAGUAUUGAUGGUCUGCUUUGCUGUACAAUAUCAAAUGACCGCUCUGUGAAAAUAUAUGACGUAGUCAACUUUGACAUGAUGGUCAUGAUUCGCUUGCCAUAUAUUCCUGGUGCUGUUGACUGGGUUUACAAACAAGGGGAUGUCAAAGCUAGGCUUGCCAUUAGUGAUAGGAACUCAUCUUUUGUGCACAUAUAUGAUGCACGAGCUGGUUCAAAUGAUCCCAUCAUCUCCAAAGAGAUACAUAUGGGUCCUAUUAAAGUUAUGAAGUACAAUCCUGUAUGUGAUUCUGUACUUUCAGCAGAUGCAAAGGGGAUAAUUGAAUACUGGAGCCCUGCUACACUGCAAUUCCCAGAGAAUGAGGUCAAUUUUAAAUUGAAAAGUGACACUAACCUCUUUGAAAUUGCAAAAUGCAAGACUUCUGUUUCAGCUAUUGAGGUUAGUCCAGAUGGUAAGCAAUUUUCUAUCACAUCACCUGACCGUAGAAUACGUGUGUUUUGGUACAGAACGGGUAAACUAAGGCGGGUUUAUGAUGAAUCCCUUGAGGUUGCUCAAGAUCUCCAAAGAAGUGAUGCUCCAUUAUACAGGUUGGAAGCCAUUGAUUUUGGUCGAAGAAUGGCUGUCGAGAAGGAAAUAGAGAAGACAGAAAGUGCACCACUUCCAAAUGCAGUUUUUGACGAAAGUGCCAAUUUUCUUAUAUAUGCAACCUUGCUUGGGAUUAAAAUUGUUAAUCUGCACACCAAUAAAGUUGCUCGAAUACUUGGAAAGGUGGAGAAUAAUGAUAGGUUCUUAAGAAUAGCUUUAUAUCAAGGGGAUCGAAAUAGUAAAAAAGUAAGAAAGAUCCCUUCAGCGGCUGCAAAUGCUAAUGAGAGCAAGGAGCCUUUGACAGAUCCCACUCUCCUGUGUUGUGCCUUCAAAAAGCACAGGAUAUAUUUAUUCAGUCGAAGAGAGCCAGAGGAGCCUGAAGAUGCAACUAAAGGAAGAGAUGUGUUCAAUGAAAAGCCACCUGCUGAUGAACUUUUGUCAGUUUCGGAUAUUGGAAAGUCAGUUACAACAUCACUUCCUGAUAAUGUGAUUCUACACACCACUAUGGGUGAUAUUCACAUGAAAUUAUACCCAGAGGAAUGUCCAAAAACUGUGGAGAAUUUCACUACUCACUGCCGAAAUGGCUACUAUGACAAUCUUAUUUUUCAUAGGGUCAUCAAAGGCUUCAUGAUACAAACAGGAGAUCCUUUAGGAGAUGGCACUGGUGGGCAGUCUAUUUGGGGGAGAGAAUUUGAGGAUGAAUUUCAUAAAAGUUUGAGGCAUGAUAGGCCUUUCACGGUAUCAAUGGCAAAUGCGGGCCCAAAUACAAAUGGUUCUCAGUUCUUUAUCACCACAGUUGCUACUCCAUGGUUGGACAACAAGCACACUGUAUUUGGUAGAGUUGCGAAGGGAAUGGAUGUUGUACAGGCUAUAGAAAAAGUGAAGACAGACAAGACAGAUAAGCCAUAUCAAGAUGUUAAAAUUCUAAAUGUCACUGUACCAAAGUCUUGAAGGUCCUUGGUCUGUAUGGCUGAUGGAGUCAGUCAUAUCAAUACUGAUGAUACGCUGCUGAAGAAGUUUCAAACAGAAUGAUUUCAAGUUUCAUCCUUUAGCUUGAUAGGCGGCCAAUGAACUGAGGCAAUUAUUCUUAAAAAGGAUUGCCGUUGUUUUUCAUGCAUACACUUUCGUCACAGUUCAAUCUUUAUCCGACUUAUGGCUCAAGCUUACCUCGGAUGUUGGCUUCUGUGUUCUGCUUUGCCAGUGUAAUGAGCUUUGCAUGCCAAAGGAAGGCAGUUAGGCAAUAUCACUUGACAUGUAAUUUUUUCUGAUACUAUACCAGAUGUACGAUAUCCCUGACUUAUUAUCACUAUUUUUAAAAGUGGUAUAAAUAUUUUUGCUUUUUUUUAA